AUGGAAGACAGCAACGCAAAUGCAAAAAGAAAGCGUACGCUUGAUAUUGUAGUCGAUUCACCUAAUAACUUGGAUUUGGACACUUAUAUUGCGAACUAUAAAGAUCAUAAUAAAUAUCUCAACACUGCCAAUAAACUUAAUGAAGUUUUAGCUUCUCAAGGUUAUCCAUCUUAUCCUGUGGAUAACGCGUGGGUUGAAACGACUCAAAAACGUGCAAAGACUACUUUGGAAAGGUUAGAAGUUGAAUUGAAAAAUUUUAAAAAUAAUUUAAUAAAAGAAAGCAUAAGAUCUACACCAGAUAUUCAGCCCGUAGUGCAAGCAAAGCUUAAAGUUGCUGCUGCGUUGGCGCAUCUUGACAGUAACAAAUAUAAGCAAGCUGCGAAUUUGUUCUUGGAGACCAGUUUUGAGAUUUCUCAUUCUCAAAACAAUUAUUCUGAGGUAAAUUAUUCAAUAAGAGCUGUGUAUGGUGGUUUAUGCGCACUUGCUUCUUUUGACCGUAAACAGCUUAAAAAACAAGUGAUCGAUAAUACGGAAUUUAAACAAUUUCUUGAACUUGAGCCUCACAUACGGGAACUCAUUUAUGGAUUUUAUAACUCAAAGUAUUCAAUUGUGCUGGAUAUUUUAGACAGAUGGAAGUCUUUUGGAACCACAGUUCCAAAGCUAGAAAGAGAACUUGCCAAGUUGAUUACGGAAAACCACAUUCAAGCACGAAUUGAUAGUCAUAAAAAGGUUUUUAUUUAUACUGAUUUAAAUUUUAUAGAUCAUCGUAGUGGAAUAUUUCACAAGUCAUUGAAGAUGGGUGAUGAUUUUGAACAAAGUACUAAUGCAAUGUUACUUCGUAUGAAUUUGUUGAAAAUGAAUCUUAUCGUGCAAACAA